UUCUCAAGAAGUUUUGUUAAUUUCUUGCGUGCAUGCAAUCAUGGCAGGACUGCUUAGACUCUGUUUCAUUUCUAGUCUACUACUGUUUCUCUUCCCAGACUUGAACACCAAUUCCACUGCCUCACCUGUCCCGGCACCGGGUCCAAAUGUUCCGCACAUAGGUUCUCCUACGCCGCUUCCGACACCAGCCAGUCAAGCGUCGGCACCAGGUCCAAAUGUUCCGCACAUAGGUUCUCCUACGCCGCUUCCGACACCAGCCAGUCAAGCGUCGGCACCGGGUCCAAAUGUCCCGUCAAUAGUUUCUCCUCCUGUGCCACCUCCUCCACCAGCCAAUCAAGGGUCAGCGGGGGCUCCGCCGCCUCCGGUACCAGUACCCGAAGCGAAAGUUUCUUCAGGAGGACUGAAUGGCGGACAGAAGGCAGGAAUAGCGAUUGGAGUGCUGGCAGGGGCAGGAGCUUUGUUGUUGGGAGGGCUGGUGUACAUGAAACGGCGUUCUAAUAUAAGAAGAAGCCAGUUUGGAAGGGCGGCCAGGACACCGAUUCCUUGAGGUUGCCGGGAUUCUUAUUUGUUUCAAAUGUUCGACCAUUUGAACUUUCUUUUUUUUUUUUUUUUUUUUUUUUUUUUUUUUUUCUUUUUAUUUUGUUGAAAAUUGAGACCGUUGAUUUAAAUUCCUUUUCAGUGUUGGGCGUGUUUUGAUAUCAUAUAAAUAGUUAUAUAACUUAUACCA